CGCCCCUCCCCUCCCUGCGCGAAGCUCAAGCUUUCUCUGUGGUGUCUCUCCAGCCUUCCCACCUCGCAGCUUCCCGUCCAUCCAGCCUGCACGAUCCCCCCCCUUCUCCCCUGCAACAUGGCUACGGUGGUUAUCUCGACCCGCUUCACGGAUGAAUACCAGCUCUACGAGGAACUCGGGAAGGGCGCCUUCUCUGUGGUGAGGCGCUGCGUGAAGAAGUCCACGGGGCAGGAGUACGCCGCCAAAAUCAUCAACACCAAAAAGCUGUCGGCCAGAGAUCAUCAGAAAUUAGAGCGCGAGGCGAGAAUCUGUCGUCUGCUCAAACAUCCAAACAUAGUUCGACUUCACGACAGCAUUUCAGAGGAGGGCUUCCAUUACCUCGUCUUUGACCUGGUCACCGGCGGGGAGCUGUUUGAAGACAUCGUCGCCAGAGAGUAUUACAGCGAGGCAGACGCCAGCCACUGCAUCAAUCAGAUCCUGGAGAGCGUGAGCCACAUCCACCAGCAUGACAUCGUGCACCGGGACCUGAAGCCAGAGAAUCUUCUCCUCGCCAGUAAGAUGAAGGGAGCAGCGGUCAAGCUCGCCGACUUCGGCCUGGCCAUCGAAGUGCAGGGAGACCAGCAGGCCUGGUUCGGCUUCGCGGGGACUCCAGGGUAUCUGUCGCCAGAGGUGCUGAGGAAGGACCCGUACAGCAAGCCGGUGGACAUAUGGGCAUGCGGUGUGAUCCUGUACAUCCUGCUGGUGGGCUACCCCCCCUUCUGGGAUGAGGACCAGCACAAACUGUACCAGCAGAUCAAAGCCGGAGCCUACGACUUCCCAUCGCCAGAGUGGGACACGGUGACCCCCGAGGCCAAAAAUCUGAUCAAUCAAAUGUUAACCAUCAACCCUGCUAAAAGGAUCACGGCCGACCAGGCCCUCAAACAUCCCUGGGUCUGCCAACGCUCCACUGUGGCCUCCAUGAUGCACCGCCAAGAGACCGUAGAGUGUCUGCGCAAGUUCAACGCCAGGAGGAAACUGAAGGGAGCCAUUCUCACCACGAUGCUCGUGUCCAGGAACUUCUCUGUGGGACGGCAGCACACAAGUCCCGCCGCCACCACCAGCACCGCCGCCAUGGCGCAAGAAGCUUGCAAAACCCUAUUAAACAAAAAGUCGGACGGCGUGAAGAAAAGGAAGUCCAGCUCGAGUGUUUGUUUGAUGGAAUCGCAGACCACUGUCGUGCACAACCCAGCUGACGGUAUCAAGGGCUCGACGGAGAGCUGCAACAACGCUGAAGAGGAGGAGAUGAAAGGCCGCAAACAAGAGAUCAUCAAGAUGACCGAGCAGCUGAUUGAAGCCAUCAACAAUGGCGACUUUGAGGCCUACACGAGAAUCUGUGAUCCGGGCCUGACCUCCUUUGAGCCGGAAGCUCUGGGCAAUCUGGUGGAGGGCAUGGACUUCCACAAGUUCUACUUUGACAACCUGUUGAGUAAGAACAGCAAGCCGGUGCACACCACCAUCCUCAACCCUCACGUGCACCUGAUGGGCGAAGAGGCAGCGUGCAUCGCCUACAUCCGCCUGACGCAGUACAUGGACGGGCAAGGCCACCCGCGCUCAUGCCAGUCGGAGGAGACGCGCGUGUGGCAGCGCCGCGACGCCAAGUGGCUCAACGUCCACUUCCACUGCUCGGGAGCUCCCGCCGCGCCGCUGCAGUGAGCUCUCCAUGCACGCUUGUCUUCAAUCUGAUCGGGGGAGCAUCGUCUCUCGGCCGUGCUCGCAAGCAUCCUGGCCUGGAACAAGAGGGUAACAACAUACAAGAUGAUGAUCACACAAAUAUAACAAUGACAAUUAUGUCAAAAAGAGGGAAUAAACCAACAAAAACAACAAUAAGACACAAAAAUUAGCUUGUCUGAAGGAGUAGGAGGCCCACCAACGGACCGGUGCGGUUCUUCCGUUUGGAUGGUGCAUGUUUGUGGAGGGCACACGCGUUCGAUGCCGUCGCCCCUGUCCACACCGUCCCCUUAUCAUCUUGUCUGCUUGCACACGCACACACACACCUAACGAGAAUUGUGAGGCACUAACAAGAAUUAAGCAUAAACGUCCAAUUUGGACUCUGUUUAGUCGCGUUACCUAAAGGGACCGUCAUUGUUUUUUUUUAUUAUUAUAACGAUUCUUUUUUACUUUUAUUAGUGUUUUUUAUGUAUUUUAACAUACUUUGGGGAAUUCUAUUUAAUGUGCGGAUUAAUAUAUGCAAGUUGUACAUGCGUGUGUGUGCAUGGAAAAGCGUUUGAGCAUUUAUUUUAUACUCGGCAGCCAUUUUAAGGUCGUACUGGUGCGUUCUUUGUUUUCAUUUCAGCGCACUAGUAGAAAGACUAUCCGAGUAAAAGAGUCGUUCCACUAGUGCACUGAAUUGUCAAAGCGUGACCUCGUACAUGGAACUUGAGGUGGUCAUCAAGUACAUGUGAUAAAUGCUGACGGGAUUUUCCAUUCAUACGUGUGUGUAAGCAUGAUUCCACAUCCACUGGCCUGUACUGUUUCUCCGACUGUUGCUCCUCUUCCUCCCUCGUCUUAAUUGUGAUGAUGAUGAUGUCAGCCCCCCACGUCUCGUGUUUAUCGUCCAUCUCAGCUUGCCGUGAUUGUGUGUUUCGCUCCAACAAGCAUGUUUGCGGACUGUCGGCUGAAACACGAGGCAAAAACAAACAAACAAAGAAAAAAAAUCAAGGCAUGAUGGGAGGAAGAGUUCUAAGAGGAGCUUUUUUCUGCUGAAGGCAAUCAACCGGCAAGUCCUUUCUUUGUUGUAAAUGUUGUACUUGUUAAGUGUUUUGGAUGUUUUUCAGAGUCACAACUGGGAAAAAAAGGGUUUAAAUGUAUGAAACUGCUGCAAGCCUUUGCUACUGUCACACACAUACAAAAGUCACAUGAGCACAUGCUAGGCAACGUCAUCCUUUUAAAGGGAUACGCAUCAUUACUUGCUCGAAUAUCAUGUCUGGAAAUUUAUGACACCAUUAGGCACACAAUUUCAUUUCAAAAAUAGCUGAUCAACUGCUCAGAUUUUUU